AUGAAUCGUUAUUUAAUAUUUAUAAUUAUUAUUACCUUAAUUAUUGAUCUAUUUCAAGUUACAAAACAAGAAUUAAUUGGACAGAACGAUACAAUUCUCGAAACAACAUCAUUAAAAUUAUCGUUGAACGAAAAAGUUAAGGGAACAAAAACAAACAAUAUGACUAAUACGAGUACACCGUCAAGCAAAACUAUAAUGACUCCACCAAAUAAACAUUUUCGUGAAUAUUUGCGUUGUCGUCAAUUAAAAUCUCUUAAUACAUCACGGACUCCAUAUUCAUGUCCAUAUGAUUUUGAAGAUGAUAUUCGUAUUUGUUGGCCAACAACAUAUAAUGGUACAUAUGCACAGGCUGACAUAGAAUAUGAUAGUGGUUUAAAUAAUUUUUAUGAUAAUGUUCGUGAUGGAGUGGCAAAUUGUACUCUACAACGUUUUUGUCAAAGUAAUGGUACAUGGGCAAUGACUACUUCACCUGAUAUUCAAUGUAAAAUAUGUAUUGGUGAAGGACGACCAGUGACAUUUAAUUCAAUUAGUAUUAAGAUAGAAACAAUGAGUUUGAGUUUAUCGCUUCUAUCCUUAACGAUUGCUGUUUUAUGCAUGAUAAAUGUCAAACGACUUCAUUUACCCCGAAACCUGCUUCAUAUGCAUCUAUUUUUUGCUUUUAUUCUUCGUUCGAUUGUCAAACUUGUAUUUAUUCAUCUAAUUAUUGGUGGUUAUCCACUUACAAUGAUGACAUAUACACGUGAUAAAUGUGGAAAUAUCGAAAUAAUUUCUAAAUCAUCAAGUUUGUUUCAUGUUAUUGGCUGUCGUAUAUUAUCAUCAUUAUUUUGGUAUACAGAUGCUGUUUCUCAAACAUUUAUCUUUUGUGAAGCAAUGUUUUUAUUUACAGCAUUGACAAGUCAUUUAUUUCGUGAUCGUGGUUGUUUAUUAUUUGUUCUAUGGGGUUGGUUAAGUCCAUUAGUUUGGUUAACAAUGUGGAUUGCAUCACAUAUCAUAACAGAUAAAAUAAAAGAUCGAUCAACAUGUUGGUUAGAAGCUGAUACCACAACAUAUUUUUAUUAUUUCUUUUAUGUUCCAUAUGCGUUUUAUUUAUUCAUUAAUUUUGGCAUAUUUUUAUAUCUUGUACGAUUACUCUAUUCAAAAUAUCAAUCAAAUAAUGCUCAUACAAAUCGAACGGGAAAUAGACAUCUUAUCAAAUCAAUACUAAUAUUAAUCCCAUUAUUUGGUCUUCAUUCAAUAUGUGUUAUGUGGAUUUUCUAUCAUAAAAAUCAAGGUCAUACUAAGUGGUAUUUUAUUGUUGUUAUAUUCAAAGCUAUUUUUGGUGACUUACAGGGAUUUUUUACAUCAUUAAUAUAUUUUUAUUUUAAUACGGAAAUUCGUUAUGAAGUUCUUCGACAAGUUCAACGUACUUUAUUAAGUAAUGAUACUGUACGACGUAGUUCAGCUGGUGAUACAUUAUCAACACGUUUAUCAGUUUUUCGUAUAUCAUUUAGUCGUCAUCGUCAUUCAUCAAUUCCAAUGCGUAAUGAAAAACGUCGUACAACAAGUUCAUUUUCUUCACGACGAACAUUAACAGCACGUCAAAUAUGUUGGAGAAAAUUUCUUGCAUUUAUUUGUCCUUGCCUAAUAAGUAAUGUUAAUAAGAAAUUAUUAGAGCAAGAACAUGAACAUCGACAAGCACAACAUCAACAAAAACGUCCAUCUGUUGAACCGAAUAAUUACCAACUUGAAAAUUCACCAGGUAAUCCACCAAAUUUAACAAAUGAUGAUGAUAUUGGUGGUAUAUCAUCACCUUUAUUAAAACAAAAUCGUUCAUCAAAAGGUACAAUUGAUAAUGAUGGAUUAACAUGUGAUACACUUGUUGUAAAAAAUGGAAUUGAUGAUGAAGUUUUAUCUGAUGAAAUAUUAUCAGAUGAGAAUGAUGUUACUAUUCAUCAAACAUCAAUUACUGGUGAACAUACAUCAAGUAUAUCAAAUCAUACACCAUUACCAAUACGUAAUAAUCUUACUCGAUCAAAUAGUGAUGAACAUCUUGAAGAGAAAUCAAUAUCGAAAGAUUUCAUCGAUAAUAAAUCAUUAGAAUAA